GCGUUCGGGUACGCGGAGGCGGCGGGGGGAGGGGAGAGGGGUGGGGAGGGGGUGGGAAUUCCCGACGCGAGGCCGGAACCGAGCCACAGCGAUGGAGUGAGACCCUCCGGAGUCUUCUCUAUAUAGGUCGAAGAGUCACUGAGUUAUCCCAACCACCAUGGGGCCCUGGGGGGAGCCCGAGCUCCUGGUGUGGCGCCCAGAAGCGAUCGCAUCGGAGCCCUCGGUGCCAGUGGGGCUGGAGGUGAAGCUGGGGGCCCUGGUGCUGCUGUUGCUGCUGACACUCAUCUGCAGCCUGGUACCUGUCUGUGUGCUUCGAAGGUCAGGCGCUAACCAUGAAGCCUCUGCUUCAGGCCAGAAAGCUUUAAGCCUAGUGAGCUGCUUCGCAGGAGGAGUCUUCCUGGCUACCUGUCUUCUGGACUUGCUGCCUGACUACCUGGCUGCCAUAGAUGAGGCCUUGGAGGCUCUUCAUGUGACGCUUCAGUUCCCCUUGCAAGAGUUCAUCCUGGCCAUGGGUUUCUUCCUGGUGUUGGUGAUGGAGCAGAUCACACUGGCUUAUAAGGAGCAGUCCAGUCCACCACAUCCGGAAGAGACGAGAGCUCUACUGGGAACAGUGAAUGGUGGGCCUCAACAUUGGCAUGAUGGACCAGGGAUCCCCCAGGCCAGCGGAACCCCAGCAGCUCCCUCAGCCCUGCGUGCCUGUGUACUGGUCUUCUCCUUAGCCUUGCACUCUGUAUUUGAGGGCCUGGCUGUAGGGUUGCAGAGAGACAGGGCUCGAGCAAUGGAGCUGUGCCUAGCUUUGCUGCUCCACAAGGGUAUCCUGGCAGUCAGUCUGUCCCUGCGGCUUCUACAGAGCCACCUACGAGCGCAGGUGGUGGCUGGCUGUGGGAUCCUCUUCUCCUGUAUGACACCUCUGGGCAUUGGGCUGGGUGCAGCUCUGGCAGAGUCAGCUGGGCCUCUCCACCAGCUGGCCCAGUCUGUUCUGGAGGGCAUGGCAGCUGGCACCUUCCUCUAUAUCACCUUCCUGGAAAUCCUACCCCAGGAGUUGGCCACGUCUGAGCAGAGGAUCCUCAAGGUCAUUCUGCUCCUAGCAGGCUUUGCCCUGCUCACCGGCCUGCUCUUUGUCCAAGUCUAAGGUGCUUCGAGAGAAAAGGCAGGGGAGGUUGACUAUCAGGUGCCCCUGUCCUCCCUGCCCUUCUCAAUUUGUGGGAAAUUGAAAGGAAUGGAGAAAGGAAGUAGUGAGGACCAAAGAGUUCUCUUGAGAGGUAGGGAUGGGACAUUUGGACUACGAAUAAUGAGAUGGAAGUGAGCAGAGAAGAGGCAAGCCCCAGACCCAAAGAAUUAAGUGAUAGCCAAGUUACUACGGACAUGAUCAGUGGGCAUUAAAAUGAGGCAGACCGCUACAAUCAGAGGUCAGGCUCUACAUCUAAGAGACAAGCUGACAGAAGAACUGAGUUAGGUAUCCAGCUGCUUUGGGAUAAAGAUGCAGAGGCUAUAAGUCAAAGCCAGUAUCCUAUUGGUUCUAGCCCAUUUCACCACUCUGCUGAUUGAAGUGGUUCCUCCUACUGUCUUGUCUCCUAAUCUUCUAUUUCUCUCUUGUCUUCCACCAAGGGACUAGUGCCAAAUGGUCUCUUUGCCAUUUUUCGUAAUUUAUCUGGCCCUUCUUGUCCUUGGGUUUCUCUGUGUAGCCUUGGCUGUCCUGGAACUCACUCUGUAGACCAGCCUGGGCUUCAGUUUACAGAGAUCCAUCUGCCUCUGCCUCCCUAAUGCUGGGAUUAAAGGGGUGCUGGGCCACCACUGCCUAGCUCACUAGUCUGUUUUUUUUUUUUUUUUUUUUUUUUUUUUUUUUCUUUUUCUGGAGCUGGGGACCGAACCCAGGGCCUUGCGCAUGCUAGGCAAGCGCUCUACCACUGAGCUAAAUCCCCAACCCCACUAGUCUGUUUUUAAAGUGCCAAAUACCCGUCCACCCACUCACCCUUUGGGUUUUUGUUUGCUUUCUACCCCCCCCCCCCCCCCCCCCCCCGCCAGGGUUUCUCUGUAUAGCUCUGGUUGUCCUGGCCUCAAACUCAGAGCUCUGACUGCCUCUGCCUCCUGAGCACUGGGAUUAAAGGUGUGCAGCACCAUGGGUUGCUCACCUGCCCCUUUUCUGAAAGCACAGUGAUGAGGUGAUGGGUCAGUGGAGGAGACCUAUUUGCUCUUUAUUUAGGCCCCACAAUUUGGGGUGGGGCAGAAAUGUUUGCUGAACUGGUCUGGAAUGAGAAAAGUAGGUACUGAUACCAGCCACUACAGAAAGUGGACAUGGUGGGCCAAACCUAGAUAAUAACAAUAACCUGCCAAAACUUUAUAUCUGAGGAGCCCGGGGUGGGGAGACAGAUUCCCCCCACCCCCAGGAUUAUUUUUGGGGAGGGAGGGCUGUGCAUAGGGCUGUACUCUGUAGAAUCUAUUUUACUAACUGACCUGUUUUGGGACAUAUUACCCAAAUAAAGAUGUUUCUAUACA